AUAUUUGUGAAUGAAGCAGCAAUAAGUAAAUUCCAAAUUAAUAGACUAUUAACGAAUGGAGAAAGUGAACGUUUUCCUUAUUUGGUUUUUGGCAGUUUGGAUUUGCUGUGCAUUUGGAACAGCUCCAUUGAGGAUGUUGAGUAAAGCGUAUUCUCCGUCAUUAGUCCAAGGAAUUUUGCAGAUUCAUUACAAUGGCUCAUGGGGAACAAUAUGCGAUGAUAACUGGGACAUGACUGACACAAGGAUAGCAUGUAAACAGCUUGGCUACAAGAAUGCAUCAACGUUUAAGCACUUAGGACAAGGACCUGAUCCAAUUUGGCUGGAUGACGUAGAUUGUAAUGGUGGAGAAUCAUCACUUGAUCAGUGCACUCACAUAGGAUGGGGUGUCCAUAACUGCGGUCACCACGAGGACGUUGGUAUCGUGUGCAAUACAGGAAAGGCACAGCCAUUAAGAUUGGCAAGUAAAGAAUAUUCUUCGUUAUCGGUAAAAGGUAUUUUGCAGAUUUAUCACAAUGGUCAGUGGGGAACAAUAUGUGAUGAUUACUGGGACAUGACUGACACAAACAUAGCAUGUAAACAGCUUGGCUACACGAGUGCAUCGACCUACAAGCACUUAGGACAAGGAACUGAUCCAAUUUGGCUAGAUGACGUAGAUUGUAAUGGCGGGGAAUCAUCACUUGAUCAGUGCACUCACAUAGGAUGGGGUGUUCAUAACUGCGGGCACAGCGAGGACGUUGGUAUCGAGUGUACAGGAGCAGCGCCAUUGAGGUUGUUGAGUAAAACAACCUCAUCGUCAUCAGUUCAAGGUAUUUUGCAGAUUUUCUACAAUGGUCAAUGGGGAACAAUAUGUGAUGAUCACUGGGACAUGACUGACACAAACAUAGCAUGUAAACAGCUUGGCUACGAUAGUGCAUUGUCGUUCACGCACUUAGGACAAGGAACUGGUCCAAUUUGGCUAGAUGACGUUGUCUGUAAUGGCGGUGAAUCUACAUUAGAUCAGUGCACUCACGGAGGAUGGGCUGUUCAUAACUGCGGGCAUGGUGAAGACGUUGGUAUCGUGUGUAAUUCAGGUAAGGAGUUGAGGUUGUUGGGUAAAACAUUUACCCGGACAACAGUUCAAGGCAUUUUACAGAUUUUUCACAACAACAAGUGGGGAACAAUAUGUGAUGACGGCUGGGACAUGACUGACACAAACAUAGCAUGUAAACAGCUUGGGUACGAGAGGGCAGUGACGUUCAAGCACGUAGGACAAGGAACUAAUACAAUUUGGCUUGAUGAAGUUGAUUGUAAUGGUGUAGAAUCUACAGUAGAUCAGUGCCAUCACCGAGGAUGGGGUAAACAUGACUGUGAUCACAGCGAGGACGUAGGCAUCGUGUGUAAUUCAGGAACAGCGCCACUGAUGCUGUUAGGUAAAACAUACUCUCCGUCAUUUGUACAAGGUAUUGUACAGAUAUAUUACAAUGGUCAAUGGGGAACAAUAUGUCCUCCUGUCAAUGUUCGACUGAUUGGUGAUGUGCCUAAUGCUGGCCGAGUGCAGUUGUUUUAUAAGGGUGUCUGGAAAAACGUCUGCGGAUCGAUCUGGAAUAAUGCUAGCACUUACAAUGUCAUAUGCAGAAUGGCUGGCUAUCCUGAUGGUUAUGCUGUAUACUUCAAUACCUACAAAGGAUCUGGUGACGUGUGGAUUUCCAGUUCUAGCUGCAGUCGCUAUGAACAGUCCAUUGAGUCAUGUACAAACCUUAACUGGGGACAUGCUACUUGUUCAAAUAAUAGCCUUGCUGGUAUUAUUUGUAAAUCAGGGUCACCAAAUAUUACAAUCCGCCUGGUUGGUGGACAAGUUCCUCAUGCAGGACACCUGGAAAUGCGAUACUAUGGCUUAUGGAAACCGGUGUAUUUGCGAAACUAUCAUUAUUUUUAUCGAUGGUUACAUUUUGAUGCAAUAUGUCGCAUGAUGGGUUACAGUCGGGUUAUUGUCUUCACCCAGUUUCAAGAAAGUGCAGAAAGUGGUAAAAGACACCAAUUCUCUGUGGACACACUUUGUGGUUCAAGACAGUGCUUUUCCCUCACUGUGUAUGGUCAUUAUUCUUAUUAUAAAACCUGGAUGGUCUGCAAACCAUAUGAAGAAUCUAGAUUUACUGUUCGUUUGAUAAACGGCAUAUCCCUGAACGACGGCCGGGUGGAGGUCGGAUAUUCUGGAGUCUGGGGCACAGUUAGUGACUGGUACAGACGAUGGAACUUGAAAGCUGCUAACGUAGUUUGUCGUAUGUUGGGAUACCGCAAUGCAUCAUGGACUGGACGAGCGAGGUUGCUAGGGACGAAUGAUUUGAUAAUGAGAGUGCAUCGAAACUGCAAAGGGAACGAAGCAUCACUUGAGUUUUGUGAACACUACACCAACAACCACUUUUGGCACCGUAAUCACUCGUACGACGUUGGAGUUCGUUGCUCAGGUGAAAAAGACUCCAUGUCAUUACAGGUACGUCUGGAAAAUGGUACCACGCCCUAUUCUGGUCGGGUUGGUAUUCGUUAUGGUAAUUCAUGGAAUCCCAUCUGCUACAAAGGACUCGACUACCCUGAUGUGAAAGUAAUAUGUCGAAUGCUUGGAUAUGUGGAUGUUGAUCAUGUUUACGCUGUGAGGACACCAAGCUCUGCUAAUGGUCGUGUCUGGCUUAGUGGUGUUGAGUGUAAUGGAACUGAGACUUCAAUACUGAAUUGCAGUCGCAUAGGAUGGUGGCAGACCUCGUGUGACCACGAUGCUGUUGUCACAUGCAAAGCGGGUCAAACAGUUGUGGCCUUCCAUCUAGAAAACGGUACCAUACCGCAAUCUGGACGCGUUGGUAUUCGCUAUGAUAACAUAUGGGGCACUCUAUGCAGCAAAGGACUGGGUAGGAACGAUGCUAAAGUGAUCUGCCGUAUGCUUGGUUAUGUUGGAGUAAGUCACGUGUUCACAAUUCCUGGAAAUGGUACCAUCUGGCUUAGUGACCUUGAAUGCCACGGUGACGAAGAUUCAAUUGUCAACUGUAGUCAUUCAGGUUGGUGGCAGACAAGCAACUGUACUCAUCAUCAGGACGCUGCCGUCACGUGCAAAAUAGCUGAGGCUCCUCAUUUCCAAAUCGACGCAAACAACGGCAUCACAGAUUCUGCAGUUAUUGUGAACCUAACCAAACCGACAGGGUCAUUUGAUGCACGUCUGAAAAGCUCGUAUCAAUUUAUGGUGGAAAGAGGUCGUGAAAUACCAUCAUCCCCUAUCACUUCUUACAACGAUACAUCCAUGAAGACGUGCUCUGUCACCACCAAAACAGUGUUUGGUGAUUCUUACAUCACUGCAGAGGUUCCAGCAAAUCCAAAUAAUGCUAGUAGUUUCACCAUUGGCGAUGGCUUCUAUUACCAUGKUUACCAUAAUGUACCAUUAGAACCCGGAUGUUCGUAUAGGGUACAAGUGAGGAUUGUUACCAUGGCAAUUGACGGGGUAAUAUUAGCAAUAAGGGCUUAUUACAGAGAGGAUUUGAGAAAUGAAAAAGAUGCACUCAGGUUGCCUCACGAUUCUCAGGACAUCUAUCAGUCACUGAGUCCCCAGACAAAGUCUCAGAAUAAUAAAGGUUAUGUUGAAGAACAGCCAUCAUUAGCUUACCAUAUCUCAAAUGCCAGUCGAACGUUCCCAGGCCAUGGAUGUGUCGGCAUUGCAGACAAACUSCUACUCUACCAGCAYAACUAUUUAUCAUCAAAUAUCCUUGAAAAACUUGUCAGUGUGGAACAGCUGGUCGAUGGUAGUGUUAUAGAAAUUGUUAUAUCAG